AUGUGGGCGAAAGCUGCAAAUUCAUCAGCGCAGGUUAAGAUCGCAACGGUACUAUUGACACUCAUACCACUGUACUACUUCUCAUACAGGCUUAUCUCUCGAUCCAACAAAUCACAUCCCACCACAAAAGCUUCAAAAAUACUGAACAGAACUAAGUGGCAGCAGCAAUGGCUCGAAACCGACCUGCUGCAACCGUGGGACCCCCUCCCGAUUCAGAUGAAAUGCAACGAGACAAAAUGGAUAUCGAACCUGGUAUUUGACCUUGUCAAUGCCAAUGGCGGUGUGGGCAAUAUCCGGGCGGAGAUUUUGGACUUCUUAUUCUAUGCUAUCGAGUCUGGAGCUUCAAUCAUAUUGCCGAGUAUGGCAAUACGGCGCGAUGAUGACUUGUCCAAGGUUGUGGGUGCCGAAGAAGCUGACUUCAGCUACAUGUUCGACGAGCUCUGGUUUCUUGAGGCGAUGCGCAAAGCGUGCCCGCAAAUGAGGAUCUACGAGUCUGCGGAAGAGCUAGGAGACGGCUGGAAGAAAGAAGAGCAGACGUAUGAUCCGAGAGUUCCAUGGUCUCGCAAAGACCUGUCGCAGGGACAAUGGAAACAACAAACGGCGGACUGGCUUGCAGGUCGCAAGAUCACCGCUGAUGUAUCAGCUGUGGUUGCCAUCGAGCAUACUAUGUGGGAGACGAACUGCCGAGGAGAGCGACCUGCAUUUCGUCGUGCUUUGGGUAUGGUGCUGCAUGUCCGUCCGGAUGUCCGUCGCUAUGCAGCCAUUGCCAUGUUCAACAUGGCUGCGACCGAAAGGCUUGAUCUCCUCCCUACAGACCGCAUCCACAGGAAAGCAUUCUAUGGCGCCCACUUGCGCACCGAGGCCGAUACGAUAGCCGCUGGUUGGCUGUGGCCGCCUUCGGACGCAGAAAUUGGUCUGGAUUUUACACUCCAGACCUCUUACUACAUGCAAGCAGCAGUGACGCAUGGCCUCUCCAUCAUUUUUGCAGCAUCGGGAAAUGCAUCCGAAGUCGAGCGCUUCAAGCAGGUGGCUGCAGCGAAUCGGCCACCUCUCACGGUAUUGAGCAAGUGGGAUCUUCUGUCGGAGGCAGAGGGAGACGCAUUGCAAGCCAUGCACUGGGAUCAGCAAGCGCUGGUAGACCUGGAAAUCUUGAAACGCUGCUCCGUCUUUGGCGGGGUGGCAAAGAGCUCCUUCAGUUUUCUGAUAGCCGUAGCCCGGACGACGUACAUGGAAGAGGAAGACGAGGCAAUCCAGGAUCCUUGGUCCGCUCGGCACCGAGAUAAAAUGGUAGCCUUUGAGAACAAGCUCAACAAGAUCUGGGGAAGGAAUCAGCUGAACGAGGAGAGGAUUCCGAAGGGUGCAUGGCCCUGA